AUGAACCAGCCUCUCGCAUCAUCAGCAUUAACCAUCGACCAAACUCCGCUACCCGAUAAUGAGUUUCCGGGCAUCAUCCCUACCCCGGCUCCUCCGCCUCCGUCAGCUGCUUUCCAAGGAAAGACCAAUGGCCUCAUUGACUGGUCUUCCUUAAGAAUUCAAAAAGACCAGCCAGACCCCAUGCACGUGGAACCUAAGCCUAGAGUCUCUCAACCCAGUUCCGCCAGUGGUGAUGAGAAUCCGUGCCCGCAACCUGAAGGCUCGACCCAGAAGUAUCUGGAUGCUUACUUUACAUAUUUUCAUCAUCGCUGGACCAUCAUUCACGCUCCUACAUUUGACGACAAGACCCAUCCUCCUGUCGUGUUGUCGUCUAUGUGUAUGAUUGGUGCUUGGCUUAGUGGGACUCAAGAUUCAAGAGAGCUGGCUGCUGCUAUGCAUGACCGUUUGGUGGCCCACAUCGUUCCUCGAUUGCUUCAAGCCUCAUCAAGUGACAAGUUACAGGAGUCGUUAUCAAUGGCGCUGUGUCAGGGUUCUCUACUCAAUAUGAUAUAUGGCCUCUAUUGCGGGGUCGAGAGGAUUAUAUCAAAAGUAGUGAUUUUGAGGAACAUACUCGUUGCUGUCCUCCGAGAAGUGGGAUUCUUCAGGCCGGAAGUCUCCUAUGAUAACCCCAAAAGUUUUCUACCUUUUCGUAUGACAAAACUCGGAGAAAGACAGAGACUGGCAGCAUACCUCUUCAAGGUCGAUUCGUACCUUAACAUCGUCCGUGGUCAGCCUGCAAUUCUCACUGCUGAAGAGCUACAUUAUACUCUUCCAGCUACAUUUUCGCUUCACAAUGCAGCCGGUCUUGAUAUAUUUGAAACCCGAUACUCGAUCGAGCCAGCUAUCAGAAGUCAAACGACGCUCUGCGAUAUGGUCCAGGACGCCGCGUUAGAUGCUGCAGCUCCAGUCGAGGGUCUAAUGCUAGCAGAGGAUAUACAGUUGGGAAUUUGCGCAUUGCAGCCACGCAUCUGGCAUUUAUUAGUGCGAAGAACUGAUACCCCGGACCUCAGUAGCGCCAUUGAAAUGGAUGCUCUCAGGAGAAAUUUGGAAUCUUGGAAGCGUUUGCUCAUCCGGAUACCGACGGCACAACCUGAUGCUUCCAGUUUCAGCAGAGAACAACAUCUGGCCAUGCGUUACUACUAUGGAACAGAAGACCAGUCCAAAGACGGCUGGCAAAGCGUUGUCUCCUACCGCCAGAGAAGCCUUGUCUACGACGCAACCAUGCUUUAUCAUGUUUUCAGCCUUCAUUUAUACGCCAAUAUCCGAAUUCUGAGUCAACUGGCUGAGGACGCUAGGCCAGAUAAUUCGAAAGCCCCGUAUGAAGAUGUAAACUCACAAGCCAAAACCAGAAGAGAAACCUAUGCACGAGAAUGGGCCAAGGCACCCAACUCGAGACGCGCCUUGUGCCACGCUGCAGCCGCACUUGCGUCUUACAAUAGCUUGUCAGCUCUUGUGAAUAAGACAAUAGAUCCGAUAAGUCAUGUGGCGCUCUCUGCUGGGGCGCUGGUGGUUUGGGCCUUCUGCUCCUUUUCCUCUCAUGUUUGCGAGGCCUGCGUCCCAAGAUCACAAAUCCAUUCUAUAUAUGCGCAGCUACCAGAAGUUGAGCUGACAAGGUGGGCAGAGAUCAAAGCAGAGCCUGUCCUCGAGAGGGAGAGGGAGACGUGGAUCGAGGUGGGGGGCGGUCUUGCUACAUUGAUAGGGUUAAAACUGUGUCGAUGCAGUCUCGACAUUCUAGUCUCGCAAUACUAUUCCUGCCUCCCGGAAGGCUGGAAUGUUGCGGAUACCAUAGCUCCUGGUAUUUGGAAAGCCCCGGAUACAAUUAUGGAAGUCUGA